AUGCGUCCCCAAAGCCCCUGGGCCGCCGGCCCCGCUGCGCUGCUGCUCCUCGCAGCCUUGGCGGCCCCCGAGGCGCUGCCCAACGCCCGCGGCAGGAAGAAGGUGGUUCAUGUGAUGGAGGGUGACAGCGGCGCCGUGGUGGUGCAGACAGCUCCGGGCAAGGUGGUGACACACCGCGGCGGCACCAUCAUCCUGCCCUGCCGCUACCACUACGACAUCUCCGCGCACGACCCGGCCGAGAUCCGCCUCAAGUGGACCAAAGUGACGGAGCCCAUGGAUUUCGUGGACGUGUUCGUGGCUCUGGGCAAAGCCCGCAGGGCGUUCGGGCCCUACCGGGGUCGCACGGCGCUGCAGGAGGACGGGGUGGGCGACGCGUCCCUCAUCAUCCGCAACGUCACCCUGCAGGACUACGGGCGCUACGAGUGCGAGGUGACCAACGAGCUCGAGGACGACACCGGCGUGGUCAAGCUGGACCUGGAAGGGGUGAUUUUCCCGUACCACCCUCGCCUGGGGCGCUACACGCUGAAUUUCCACGAGGCGCAGCAGGCGUGCCUGCAGCAGGACGGGAUCCUGGCCUCGCACGACCAGUUGCACCAGGCCUGGCUGGAGGGGCUGGACUGGUGCAACGCGGGCUGGCUGCAGGACGGCUCCGUGCAGUACCCGAUCUCCCGGCCCCGCGAGCAGUGCGGCCGCAAGGACACCCCGGUGGGCGUCCGCAACUACGGCUACCGCCACAAGGAGAGCGAGCACUACGACGCCUUCUGCUUCACCUCCAACCUCAACGGCAAAGUUUACUUCCUGAAAACCUUCCGCAAGCUCAGCUACCCGGAGGCCGUGCAGGCGUGCGAGAACAACGGCGCGGCCGUGGCCAAGGUGGGCCAGCUGUACGCGGCCUGGAAGCUGCAGCUGCUGGACCGCUGCGAGGCGGGCUGGCUGGAGGACGGCAGCAUCCGCUACCCCAUCGUCAACCCCCGCGCCCGCUGCGGCGGCCGCGAGCCCGGCGUGCGCAACCUCGGCUUCCCCGACAAGAAGUACAAGCUCUUCGGCGUGUACUGCUUCAAAAAAGCCGGGGAAGCCCCGCCCGUGGUGGCAGCGGGGGUCCCCAAACGCGUGUGA